CGCACUGCGCAAGCGCGGGGCUGCGUCGCGGCUCGCGGGCUGCUCUCGCGGCCUUCGCCCGCGCUCCUUCCCCUCUGCGGGACAUUUGGGGUGACUUGGGGUUUCGAAGCGGACUGAGGUCUCCCUCUAUCCGUCCAAAAGGACCAAGAGCAUUAUUAUCUGUCCCUGUGGCAAGUACGUUCUGAGCGCUCUCUCGGUGUCGGGUCAGAUAGGAGCUGAGGGAGGACCGCGGUGAGCAGGACGGACGGCCCGGGCUCCUGUCCGCCAGACAUUCAGACAUGGAGGAAGAGCCGCAAAAUGGAGAACCUGCUGAAAUCAAGAUGAUAAAGGAAACCUACCACAUGGCCUUUGUGUAUGUUGACAGGGGCCUGACUAUGGAUGAAUCAGGUAGGAAGGAGGAAGCAAAGAGCUGCUACAAGCAAGCAGUAGGGCACCUCCUCCGCGGAAUCAGCGUCUCCUGCGCGGAGCCUGAGCGCGCGGGGCCCGACUGGGAGCUCGCCGGGGAGAUGCAGCAGCAGAUGGAGGGCACCCUGCAGAACGUGCGCGCCAGGCUGGAGAUUCUGGAGAAGGGCCUGGCCACUUCCCUCCGGAGCGAGCUGCGGGAGGUGCCCAGGCUGUGCCCGGAAUUUCCGCCCAAAGACACGCCGGCAGCGACCCCAGAGCCCGCAUCCGUCAGCUCCCCGCCUCAGCCCGCCGAGGCGGGCGCCCCCGCGUCGGCCGCCCGCGCGGAGGCGCCCCCCGGCCCCGGGCCCUUCCCCGCGGAGGCGCCCCCCGCCUACACGCCCCAGGCCGCCGAGGGCCACCACACCGUGUCCUGCGGCGCCGCGCCCGGGGAGCUCGCGGGCGGAGAGGGCCUCUAUGGGAGCCGCGCGCAGCCGCCGCCCCUGGAGACGCUCGGGCAGGACGCCGACGAGCUCCUCCUGAUACCCAGCGGGGUGCAGAUCUUCUUCGUGAACCCGGCCGGGGAGGUCAGCGCGCCUUCCUACCCCGGGUACCUUCGGAUCGUGAGGUUCUUGGACGGUUCUCUGGACGCGGUGCUCGGUCGUCCCCCCGGGCUCCUGCAGGUUUGUGACUGGUUGUAUCCUCUAGUUCCUGAUAGAUCUCCAGUUCUUAAAUGUACUAUGGGAGCCUACAUGUUUCCUGAUACAAUGUUACAAGCGUCUGGAUGCUUUGUGGGGGUCGUUCUGUCUUCUGAAUUACCAGAAGAUGAUAGAGAACUCUUCGAAGAUCUAUUAAGACAAAUGUCUGACCUUCGGCUCCAGGCCAACUGGAACCGGGCAGAGGGGGAAGAUGAAUUCCAAAUCCCGGGAAGAGCAAGAUCCUCCUCGGACCAAUUGAAGGAAGCCAGUGACACCGAUGUGAGACAGUUGGGCCCUUCAUUGGACCAGGAUAGUAAAGAUGUACAUCAUAAAGGAAAACGGGGGAAAAAGGCUAAAGGUACGUCAAGUGAAGAAGUCGAUCUGAGCCACAUAGUACCCUGUGAACCAGUUUCAGAAGAAAAGACAAAGGAGUUACCUGAGUGGAGUGAGAAAGUGGCCCAGAACAUUUUGUCAGGUGCUUCCUGGGUGAGUUGGAGUUUAGUCAAAGGUGCUGAAUUUACUGGCAAAGCCAUCCAGAAAGGUGCUUCUAAACUGCGAGAACGGAUUCAACCAGAAGAAAAACCAGUGGAAGUCAGUCCCACAGUGACCAGGGGCCUUCACAUAGCAAAGCAGGCUACAGGCGGGGCGGCGAAAGUCAGCCAGUUCCUAGUUGAUGGAGUUUGCACUGUGGCCAAUUGUGUGGGGAAGGAGCUAGCGCCACACGUCAAGAAGCAUGGAAGCAAACUUGUUCCAGAAUCUCUUAAAAAAGACAGAAAUGGGAAGUCUGCCCUGGAUGGUGCUAUGGUCAUAGCGGCAAGUAGUGUUCAAGGAUUUUCGACUGUCUGGCAGGGAUUGGAAUGUGCAGCUAAAUGCAUUGUUAACAAUGUUUCAGCAGAAACUGUACAAACUGUCAGAUACAAAUAUGGGCAUACUGCGGGGAACGCAACACAUGAUGCAGUAGAUUCUGCCAUCAAUGUUGGUGUGACUGCCUAUAAUAUUGACAACAUUGGCAUCAAAGCCAUGGUGAAGAAAACUGCAAAGCAAACAGGGCACACUCUCCUUGAGGACUAUAAAAUAGUUGAUAAUUCCAAGGGGAAAAAUCAAGCAGAAGCAAGUGUAAACAUCAAAGAGAAGGAUGAGCAGACUGAAGAACCAGAGAAGAAUGAGGCAAAGAAGAAAGAUAAAUGACAGAAGUGCUGUGCAUCACCUAUACCAGAGCCUUACAAGAUGGACGCAAUUUUGUUAAAUAAGCAUACGUGGAAUUCCCCACAAAUUAACCAGUAUUUUUUUAAUGUAUUCAUUCCUACAUAGCAACUGUUUCAUAAGCUUUUAUGGCAUGUAUUUUACUUAUAUAAGAAUCAGUAUUCUUGCAUCUGACCUUUAGAAAUACAGAGGUAUAUUCUCAGUAAGUUUAUUUUUUUUCUCAAUGUGCCUACAAUAUUUUGCAGAUAAAAUAAGACUAUACAAGUGCUGUAAACCUCAUUAAACCUAAUGUUAAACUAUUUUUGUAUUUGUGAUCUUUCAGAAAACAAAGCUGGAAAUUAUGUAUUUACAUAAAAUUUGGCAUAUAGUAACUAACCUUAGUUCUGUUAGUAAUGGGAAGGUAUGAUUUGUCUCCUCUUUCUGCACAAAUUGCCGAUUUUUUUAGGUUCUUGUCAUAAUUUUCAGUGUGUAAGCCAAACAGAAACUAAGAAUUCUUAGGUAACAUUUAAAAGAUGUUCAAAACAGACUAGACUAAUAAAAUGAGGCUUUAUAAAAUUAAGUUGGCUAGUCUUUCUGAUUUAAAAUGAAUACAAAUAGAUUUUUAAGUCUUCUGGAUUUAGACUGGUAUUAAUCUAUUAGGAGUCUAGGUAAUUCAGGGGUAUGAAAUGUAUUAAAAUUUGAAGUAAUUGUCAUCAGCUUAAUUGGAUAAGAAAGUACUUAAAUCAUUUCACCAUAUCUACUUCUGUAAGUGUUCCCAAAAGGCUAACACUUUGUAAAGACUAAAAUAUAAACAGAAUGGAGUUUACAGAUGGUAAAUAUAUUUUUAUUUUGGAUUCAGUCAUUGGAAUAUUGGGAAAGGUUUUAUUCAUAAACAAGGGAAAGAAUGUGAAGAUUUAGGGGUUAAUCCAUAGUUGGUGGGUAUAACAGCUUUCCCUUUGAUAGAAGAGGACAUUUGCAGACCUAUGUGCUAUAAAUAAUGUAAGUAAAUGCCUAAUGGGAUUUUACUUUUGUCUACUGAUUUUAAGAGGUUGUAUUGGUUUUCAUAUCUAUCACCCAAUUCUAAUAUUUCUGAACCUCUAAUGGCUACUUAGUUUAUUAGACUUUAUUUGAAAUUGCCUAAAGAAUGUACUUGAUGAAUAAACUGUCUCUAAAUUACUUGAA